AUGUCACUACUGGACACUCCUCUCCGCACAUCACUAUCAGACCAGUCAACCAUCAUUCGUGCGGAACUCAAAGAAUACGAGCGUGACUUCUUCGCGCGGAACAACCGCCGACCGGACCGUAGUGACAUUAAGAACGAUGAGGCAAUAGCAGCGAAGUACAAGCAGUACAACAAAGUCCGAGAUGUUCUUAGCGGCAAGCUACCGAAGGACGUUCUCGACGAGCAUGUGUCACCUCUGCGGAAGUCGAAAAGAGCAUCUUCCACCUACGCAACCACUCCGCGCAAGACCAGAUCGAUAGCAACGCCACGGAAAGUUCUUGGUCACCUCAAACCGAAUGACCUCGAUCCGUAUGAUGCGCCACCCUCUUCUGCCUCUCCUCGGCCACAUAUCACCUCCCUUGGACCAACGCCGCAGCGAGAUGGACAAGUCAUGGGCAUCUUUGAUAUGCUGGACGCUAGCGGUAGCAGGACACCCAACACCAGGAAACGGAAACUGGCUACGUUUGUAGAAGACGGACUCGUCAAUGAACUCGUUAUGGAAGGAAGAGUAGACACUAGCGAGGACAAGCCACCAGUCGCAGCGCAGACUCCUGCUCGAGCGCGCACCAGAUCAGGACAGGGAGACCUGUUGGACCACCUAAAGAGCACUCCACAAUCUACCCGACGGAACAAACACUCACGCACUCCAGCCUCAGAUGGACGGAAAUUCGCCUUGAGUCAAUUCUUUGCGACACCAUCAGCCGUCCGAUAUGCUUCCAUGUUGAACGAUCCGAACGCCGAUGAGUUGCUGAGCGGCCCACCAAUGCUGAACGCUACACCAAGAUCCAAGACUGCGUCCACACCACUGCUCGACCGGGUACUGGGGCGGACGCCAGCUAAGCCGAUAGAAAAUGGAGAUGUGGACCAAACACCGGCAUAUCUCAAACGCAGCCACAGCUUCAAGCAGCGACUACUUUCUGCUUCCACCACUGCAGCGGGAAGGGAGUCGGGCGAGGUCAAUCUGGAAGGCAAUCCCGCAGCGACUUUGACAGCCAAACGCUCCAUGCCUCGACAUCUGGUAAAGUCAAGGUACAAUCCUCGAUCACUCUCCCAGAUCGCACAACAAAUCAAAGACCGAGAAGCCGAGCAGGUGCAGAAGCGUGCGCAAGCCGUGGCGGAAGCAGCUGGAGACGAUGAUGACUUGGAUGCAUUGCGUGAGAUCGAAGGCGAGGGCGACGUACUCGUAGACGACAGUCAGCUGCAGGAUGCGGAUACUGCGAAACCUGGCGAGGAGCCUCCCCGGAAGUGGAAGAAGCGCGGUCAGAAACGCACAACACGACGUACAAUAAUGCGUCCUAGCAAGGUCCGCAUACAAGAUCCCAAGUACCGGCAAGAGAGCCCGGAAGCGCAGCAAGACGCCGAGGAGCUGCCACUGGAACCUGAGGACGACGCCGAUGACAUGCAGAACGUGGAGGAAACACAACUGCCAGACUCAACCGCCACACUUGCAGCCGAGGAGGACAACGUCGACUUCUCUGAUGACGAGCUCCUAGCCGAGAUCUUCGCCAACAGUGACGACGAGCUCUUCGGUGUCAGAGCAGUAAGCAAAUCUCCUGCGCCAAAUCGUUCAGUGCGACGGCAGCAGGUUCCCACGAAUCGCAUCAAUGAUGACGACGAGGACGACGGCAGAGGGACUUCGAGCUUCACUGUGCAGCACGAGGACAACGACGAAUAUGAUCACGACGACGAGGAAGAUGAACAAGAAGAAGACGGCAUCGCCGCAGCUUCUGAUCUUGCAGGGAAGAAAAACGGCAGGCUCUCCUCCUCUUCCAUCAAGACCAAGACCACAAGCAAGGCCAAAGAUUCUACCAAGCCCAACAGCAGAGCAACAGUUGCAGCAAAGAGCAAGGGCGCCAAAGCCACCACCAAGAAGAAGCCUUCGGCCAAAGAUCUGGAGGAAGACGAUCUGGCACCUCGGAAGAUCAACCCGAAUCUACAAUCACACAUGAACUUCCGCACCCUGAAGAUCAAGAACAAGGGCAGUCGGGCGAAGCGUGCUGGUGGUGGGCGAUUUGGUGGAGGGAGGGGUAGACGAUGA